GAGAGAACUACCAUGGCAACUAAACGCAAUAUGUGUUAUAGCUAUGGUCGCCCCCCGAGGAUUGUUUUUACUAUGCUUCAACAACGAUAAGCUUAGAACUAAAGUGUGUUCUUGGAAAUACAACAUAAGGAAAUGGCUUUCACGUUAUAAGAACGGUUUGCUUAGAAUCGGCAGAGGGAAAUAGUUCAUCCGAAUCGAUUUCCGUGAUUGGGUGCUGGCGAAAUACAGCCCCUUGGCAUCUUUUUUUCUUCUUCCGUCAAAGCUCAGCAGCAGUUACUUCAUCAACGAUCUGUUUUUUCUCCACAUACUUAUUCCUGCUUGAUCUGCUCGGAGCGCCUUUCGUGUUUGUUCCAAGCAUCGUGUAAUCAUGUCGUCUGUCUUUGUGUCCGACAAUUCUGCGGGUGGAUUUAAUCAAUCACAACAACAGAAACCACCUGAACCUGCAAGGCCGAAGCGACCGCGACCCAGUCUUGCAUGCAUUCGAUGUAGAAAAAAGAAAGUCAAGUGUGAUUUUGUACAACCGACAUGCGGUCGAUGUGCCAAUGCGGGUCUUCCAUGCAGUUACGCAACGCCUCCACGACGAGUCGACGGUCAGGCGUUUGACCAACUUGGCAAUCAUGUCGAGGAGUUAAAGGAACGAAUGCAAAAGAUGCAGACGGAAUUAGCAAUGAUUAAAAAUAAUCUGCAUCCGUUUCCAGGCAGCGGCAGCACCGCAGGCGAUAGUGUGGGGUUUGCGUCUUCCUCUGGUGUUGUCGACGAAGAAAAUAUGAACAGCUCUCGAGGGGUAUCACCACUAGGUAGCAGCCCUGUCGUAAUGGAUCAACUUGCUAUUUCACAGGAGAACGGACCGAUGACGAUGAUUGAACCGCAGCAACCUGUAACUUGGCGACUGUCGCUAUCACCCUCCGGAUUACGUAUCGAUACCAACAUUGCAAGCGUAGCCGAUUUAUACAGAAUCUUGCUGAACGGCAUUAGCCAGCUCAAUAUCAACAGCGACUCCACUACUAAUUUGUUCAGCACCGAUUCAAUUCGAGGCGAUGGCAACAAGCCGCGACAGCAUAAAGCAUGGGGUCGAUAUGCACAGCAACACAGAGCAAAACCGCUAGAGUCGAGCGACACUGUGAUGACACCAGCAAGCGACACAAUUCCUUCGCAAUCAGCAGGCACUAGCAGUAGCAAUGGUGCUAUUGGCGGUGGUAGCAGCAGUGGCGGUGGAUCUGGGGCAGGAGGCGGAAGACUCUGGGAAGUAGACGACAAUGAAGCACGCAAGAUUCUCCAGGAGCGAAAAUCGGCAGACGAUACCAUUCCACAAGCAACGCUGGACAAUCUUAUGCAGACCUGUUAUCACAAGUGCUUUUUGGCGUACCAAAUUGUGGACAAGGAGGCGUUUAUGCAGCAGUAUGCGAGCGAAGCAGGCUUGGAUCCGCUACUUGCCAACUCAAUUAGUGCAUGGGUGGCAAAGCACGGAUGCAUCUAUCACAACGCGUGUCCCGGCAAGGAUCCGUCGUCCAUGGGCGAAGCAUACUUCAAAAAUGCAAGACAGCUGCUCAAGAAAUGUUUUGAUAUCAGCAAUGCGACGACGGUACAUGCAUUGCUCAAUCUGUACAUGUACCAACUCAGCAGCGAACGAUCAAGUUUGGCCUACUUGUAUAUUGGACUAGCUAUUCGGAUGGCGCAGGACCUGAAGUUUCACAAAAAGGAGCACAUGCCUGCCGACCUGAAGCAGCGCGAGACAAGCAAACGCCUGUGGUGGUCUGCUUAUUGGCUCGAUCUGUGUGCAGCGCUCGAGUCGAAUAGACCAACCAUGGUGGAUGACAAGGACUGUGACCUCGAAUACCCAACCAAGCUGGACUUUGAAGAUGAGGAGACAGGCUACCGGAUAGACUUUUGCGUCCACUCGAUCAAGCUCAUGAAGAUCCGUAAGGACAUUACCAAACAUCUGCCAUCCGAACAAUCGGGCCAGUCGCUCCUCUCGGCUAUCUCGCGGCUAGAAAACGCGCUCACAACAUGGCUCAACGAGCUUCCACAGUACUUACGUUUUGAACCGGAGGAUAUCUUUAACAAGACUGACACGUUCAAGGAUGAAGCAAGUUUGAUCCUUAACAUUCAAUAUCAGACAACAUGGGUCAUGCUCCACAAAUUCUUUUUGCCAAAACAGAAUCAGACCGCCACGCCCGUCGCAUUAUUAUCGCUCAACAUCUGCACCAAGUCAGCCAACUUUAUCACCAAGUUAUUGGACAUCUAUGCCAAGAAUCUUUGCUGGUGUCAGUUCUUCUAUGCCUUGGAUGGUGUCAUCGCCAGUGUAUCCAUUCAUCAAAGCAAUGCAUUGUCAAAUGAGGAGGAGGUGGCAUGUCUCGCCCAACGUAACUUGAUUCUUACGGCAAACGUAUUACGAAACUCACCGUUACUGUACAUGGAGAAAGUGAAUGAGAUUAUCGAGAGUAUUGAGUCGUUCUUGAAGCAAAACAACCUGCCAAACGAUCUCAGCAAGCUGCCGGCAGUGAACGAGGAUCUAGUGAACCAGCAAUCCAUUUACUCGGUAUUCCAUCCAGGUGUCUUUGAAAACAACCAGAAUCAAAACCAACCACAGCAACAGCAACAGCAGCAACAACAACAACAACAGCCUCAGCAACAGCAACCUCCUGUUUCUACAGCAACCCCAGUCGGCGGUAUGGGCCAACAGGCCCAGGCAUCGCCAUCCAUGGGACUCGGCCAGCACCAUCAAUCUUCACCAGCAACAAUGUUGUCUGCUAGUUUAUCACCUCAUCCACGUCAACAAACUAUGCCGAGCCCGAUUCCUAUGACUCCAUCACCACAACAAUCCCUUUCCGACCGUUCACGCCAGCCUGGGGCAUUGGCACAGCAAGCUCAACAACAACAACAACAUCAUCACCAUCAUCAACAUCAUCAACAGCAGCAGCAGCCACAACAAAUGGCCGAUUCAAUGGGAUAUCCUCAACAGUUAUCUAAUGCAACAUCUAACAACAUGAUGUCGACUGGUACUGGCAUGUUAUUUAAUAAUCCCGCAUUAAUGGGAUUCACGGGUGCUGGUGGCGAGGCGCCGAUGGAUCAGCUGCUGUUCCGCGACAUGGAUUUUUCGAUGAACCAAGGCGGGGACCGUAUGAUGGGCCAGCAAGAUGUAUUCGCAUCAUUAGGCUCGAAUAUGCUCGGGGACACUUCGUUUGCACCCAAUCCCUCGUCUGGCGCAUCUUUCCCAUUCACUGAUAUGAACCAAGCAGAUAUAUACAGUCCACAGCAACAACAGCAACAACGACCCCAGGAACCUCCUCAACAGCAGCAACCACCACAAACCCAACCACCACAUCCGCAACAAUCACAACAGCAACACCGUCCAAAUAACAACCCUAACAACCCUAACGAUCCAUCUUCAUUCGCUGGUAACUUGUUUGGCAAUCCAGCGCUGUUUGGACUACAAGGCGCAGGCAUGAAUCAGUCAUCGUAUGGAAUGAACGAUGCAACAUCAUCAGCUGGCGGAGGAUUUGAUCCAGCUUCUUUAUUUGCCAACGUCAAUAUGGAUCCAGCGGCUAUGAACGCAUUGUUAUACGGUUCUGCUGGAGCAUCAGGAGCUGGGGCCGGCGAUGGUAUGGGGAUGGCUUUUGGACAGCAGCAACAUCCACAGCAGCAGCAGCAACAACAGCAACCAGGCGGACCAUCCUCACAAGCGAACUUUGCAGCAGCAAUGUAUGCAGCUAGCAGAAAGAGAGUCCAUCGUGAAUGGGAUGAUUCAGCAUAGCAAUAGCAGUGCAGCACCACCCCUUCCAAAAAAACAUGACAUCUUUUAUAUAAUUAUUGCGUUUUCCCUUCAAUCUUCUUCUUCUUUCUUUUCUCCCUUCGUCCAUUUCACUCUGUUCAUUUUUGUCUCUUGUUGUUGUUUCUUUUCUCCUUCUACUCUCUACUGCGUCUAUUUCUUUUUUCCUCCUCUCUUCCUUUCUGUAUUCUAUAUGUUUGAGAACGCAUCCCUUUAUCACUUUCUUUCUGCUUUAUGU